CAUAUUUCAAUGUUUAGCUCAUCCGCAUUACUUCAACCAAUUGUCUUGUGGUCUGGAUAUCGUGUCCUUAGCAGGAGAAUGGCUAACAGCGGCGGCUAAUACUAACAUGUUCACAUAUGAAAUCGCACCCGUUUUCAUACUAAUGGAGCACCAGGUCCUCAAGAAAAUGAGAGAUAUCAUCGGCUUUACUAAUGGAGAUUCAAUUCUAUGUCCGGGCGGUGCGAUAUCCAAUCUGUACGCCGUUAUCGUCGCCCGACAUAAGCUGUUUCCAGAAUACAAGACAAAAGGGCUGAAAGCUUUGCCACAACUGGUUCUCUUCACUUCUGAACACAGCCAUUACUCGACUAAAAGCUCCGGUUCUGUCUGUGGCUUCGGCACUGAUAAUGUCAUCGAAGUUGCCUGCGAUGACAAAGGAAGAAUGAUUCCAACGGAAUUGGAAAGACUUGUAAAGGAAUCGGUCACAAGAGGUUGCACUCCAUUCUUUGUGAACUGCACGUGUGGUACCACUGUUUUGGGCGCUUUCGACCAAAUCAAUCCUAUCGCCGACAUUUGCGACAAAUACAAUCUAUGGCUUCAUAUCGAUGCCGCGUGGGGCGGAGGAUGUCUGCUCUCUCGAAAGCAUAGACACAAACUGAAUGGCAUCACAAGAGCGAGUUCUGUCACUUGGAAUCCACACAAACUGAUGAGUGCUUUACUCCAGUGCUCGACCGUUCACUUCAAAGAAGAUGGAUUACUGUUGGACGCGAACCAGAUGUGCGCCGACUACCUGUUCCAACAGGACAAACACUAUGAUGUGAGCUAUGAUACCGGGGAUAAAGUGAUUCAAUGCGGUCGACAUAACGAUAUCUUCAAGUUAUGGCUUAUGUGGAGAUCUAAAGGAACGGAAGGCUAUGAGCAACAUAUAGACCAUCUCUUCGAUAUGACAGAAUAUAUGGUGUCAAAACUUAAAGAAAGAAGCGAUCGCUACUAUUUGAUAGUACCCGAACCCGAAUGCGUUAAUAUAAGCUUCUGGUACGUCCCCACACGACUCAGGAAUAUGCCUCACAAUAAACAAAAAGAACAGGAAUUGGGCAGGAUAACACCAAUACUGAAGGGGCGAAUGAUGAACGAGGGCACUUUAAUGAUAGGUUAUCAACCGGUGGGCGAUAUUCCCAACUUCUUCAGGAACAUUAUAUCCAAUCCUGGCGUCCAAACCAAAGACAUCGACCAUUUACUCGACACGUUGGACCGUUUGGGUCACGAUCUCUAAUGUUUGCAUU